UCAUCUUUCUUCUUGUUUACACACAGUUUCCACUUUCCACUUUGACUGUACCCAUGUCACGCUUGCUCCCUCCUCUCAACUGCUUUGCUUCUCUCUCUCUCUUUCUCUUUUUCUCUCCACACACACAUCGAUUUGGAACGGGAUUUUGGGUGAAAGAGUAGUGGUUAGUGGUGGCUUCAUCUUUUUGCGGAUAAGGAUACAGCAGCAUGCGGUGGUGGCUUAGUCUCUCUGUUGAUGUUUAUCGCAAAGUUAUUUCUUUGAACCUGUAUUGCAAAGUUAUUCUGUAAUUCAAGAUCCUUUUACCAGAACCUCUUUCAAUCACCUCCCUCAUCUCUUCCUUGUCUUGAAUCAAUGGGGUCCAAUUUUUUUGUUGUCGUUCCUUGUUAUGUUCGUCAGAUCAGCUGAAAGAAGUCACCCAUCUUGUUUCUGUCCCUUCUGUUCAACUUUAGUUUCCUCAACAUUUUAAUUGUCAUUAGUUUUUAGCCUGUUUUUUUCUUAGUACUUUGUAAACCAGUUAAACCAGUGUUUUAUUUUUGUUUAUUGUUCAAUUUGUCAAAACCGAUUUCACUGGCUUAAAGAGGAUUCAGAUUUCAGACUCAUUGUCUUUGGGAACAUAGUUGUUCUUUCAUUUUGAAGGGUUGGAAAAGUAGUUAUGGUGUGCCAAGCAGCAAGUCAAACCAGAUUUCGGGCAUUGAAACAUGAGAAUGGAAGUGCAGGGAGUUCUACCAUUAUAGUUAGAGUUAUGGCAUGCUUUCAACCUCUCAUAGAUUGUCAGGCUGAAUACUUCCGUCAUUUGCUCAAGCCUGUCACGUAAUAGUUUUUUGCUUUGUUCGUUUUGGGUUAAGCCGGUGGUUUUGUUGUUUUCCUUGUUGGUGAGAGUUACCAAUAGUAAAAAAGAUAGCACUUGUGUUUGAAUCGUUUUUCUUCAGGUGAUUUUUGUGGUUGAAUGGGAGAAGAUUGUGGAGCCUGGAUUCCGGAGCUGCUUUUUGAUUGGCAAUCUCCCAGUUUGAGCUCCUUCAAUGCUGCACCCUUUGGCACGGGGAAGCAAAAUGGUACAGCUGCAGCUAUGAAUCCAGUUGGCAACUCUGUUGCAAGAGAUGCUACAAUGCCAGCUUAUCUGUCCUCUGGGCUGCCUCAUUCACAGCCUGGACAUUCUGGUGAACCUCAUGGUUGGUUUUAUUGUUUGCCUCGUUUCCGGCAGGGAUUUACUACACCUGCUCGAAACUUCACUGCAGAGGAAAAGCUCUCUGCUAGCCAUGCAAAAGGUUUUGGUGAGGAAAUUGCCCGGGUUGAGGGUUUCCCGCAGAAGCAAUUCCUGGUUAUUGAUCAAACUGCUGAUCAAACAACUCUGGUUUACAGUUCAAGAUUUGGUCGGCCUGUUGAGUGCCUGACUCUGUGGGAUUCAAAGCUGCAUGGUUCUACAAAUUUGAACAAGGAGAAUGAAUUGUCCUCAUUGAGGAGAGAUGUAAAUCAUGUGGCUGGACUUGGACCAACUUUGGAUGAUAAAGUUGAUGAAAAUCAGGGAACUGAUGAUGACAUUGAAAGUGAGAUGCAUGAGGACACAGAGGAAAUCAAUGCAUUGCUUUACUCUGACAGUGAUGGUUAUUCCACUGAGGAUGAUGAUGAUGAUAAUGAUGAAGUUACUAGCACAGGACAUUCACCCAGCACAAUGACCACUCACGGUAAUCAGGAAGAACCUGGUAGAUUAACGGCUGAAGAAGUUGCUAGCUCUGUUGGAGAAACAAAGAAGAGAAAGCUGCAGGAGGGGGCUUAUGAUGGUGACAUGCAGUUCAUGGACACUGCUAGUUCUCUGGAUGGGAAAAUACCCUUUGAAGUUGAAGAUGAUGCAGAAUCAAGAUGCUCCAGUGUUGGCAACAAUAGUAGUAGAGGGUCCGGUCGAAUGGGUUCUUGGUCGGGCAAUAAAAAGAUGAGAAAGGAGAAGAUUCAAGAUGUUCUGAGCAUUCUGCAGUGCAUAGUUCCUGGUGGAAAGGGCAAGGACCCAGUUGAACUUCUUGAUGAAGCCAUACGUUGCUUGAAAUCAUUGAAACUCAAGGCCAUAAAGCUUGGACUUGAUAUGCCAUAUAAGUUGGAGAAUUAGAAAACUGUACACUAAUAAGUUAUCUUUGUGUGCUUUUUUAUUAUUAUAAUAAGAAAUAGGGUAUAGAUUUUGAACUCUAAUAAUUAUGGAAGGUGGGUGGUGAAUGUGAAGUGUGAAAUGAAUCCCUUGAAGAAGACAGACAUUGGUGAAUGAUUAAGGUGUUGGAAGAUAGGGAGAUGGUGAAGGUGGUUUUGUGUAAUGUAAUUUGUGUGUGAAGAAAGAAAGAGGUGAGGUAUGGAGCGGAAAAUGCCCCAAUAAAGGAAAAAAAGAAAGAGAGAAAUGAAUGAUUAGUCCAUGUCUUGGGGGUUAGAGAAAGUAGCACUAACGCUGGCAUGGGGUGUGAGCUGUUUUUGAAUGAGAAGACUGGUUGUUCCAAAAAGUACCCAAAAACGAGAGUGCACGCCUCUUGGCUGUUAUGGGCCCCAAUCUCACCUCCUCUUUUUGUAACCUUGUCGUGUUCAAUCCUUGGUGGGUUUGCCUUUUCUCUGAUGUAAAAAUUAUCACUAGCUUUGGGUGUGAAUUGAGAGAGAGUGUGUGUGACAACUUUGGGAGAAGGGCCCCCUACACUCCUCAUUUUCUACUUGACGGUGGAUUGCACAGUAAUGUAACACGCCUGUGGGAAACGCUGAUCUUUGUGAUCUUUGUGUUGUGUUUCGAGCUGGUAUUAUUAUCGUUAUUAUGGGCUUUCCUUGGAGGUUGUAUCGUAAUUGCUGUAAGGGCUUGUUAAGGGAAGAAGGGGAAGAAGGUGAUAUCUUGGUCGGACUUAAUUUAAUGUGGUUGGUGUUACUGUUGUCCUUUUGCCUAUGUAGUCAUGCAUUUAUGAUAUAAUAAACUUACAUGCUUUUCAAUUU